CCCGGAACCCGGACGGGCUACCUGCAGAGCUAGCGGAGUCGCCAGCGGCUGGGGCGCCGGGGCCGCGUCUCUAGGCGGCGGCGGAGGCGUGAUGUUCUCGGCGGCGGCGGAGAGUCUGCUCCGCCAGGCCAGGGACAUCCGGGCCGAGGAGCUGGAGAAGUUCUGUUCCCGGGCCGGCCAGCUGCUGCGGAAGGAGGACUCGGGGCCCGACGCCACCCAGGCCCUGCGGAGGCUCUUCCUCAUCGUGGCGGCCACCAAGUACAGCCGCAAGCUGGAGGAGGCGUGUGUGGACCUGCUGCAGAGCACGCUGCUGCGGCCCACGAGCCCCGAGCAGCUCCAGCUGCUCUGUGCCGCCGUCCUGAGAGAGAUGGCGCCCCGCGACGGCCUGCACCUGCCCUGGGACCACAUCCAGGACACGCGGCAGCUGAGCCUGGUGGCCUCUGUCCUCUUGGCCCAGGGCGACAGAGCGCAGGUCAGCAGGGUGGGCCAGCGAGUCUUCAGAGUCCUCGAGAGCCGGCAGCCCGAGGGGCCCAGCCUGCGGCCCCUCCUCCCGGUUGUGUCCAAGGUGGUCAGCCUGGCCCCCGGCAGCCUCCACGAAGACCAGACCAACCUGCUCAACAGGAGGCUGGGGGACUGGCUCCGCUACGCCGGCCUCCAGCAGGGCCCGGCGCCCUCCCCCGGGGGCUUCUUCUCCGCGCCCAAGGCCCGGCAGCCAGGGACCGUCACCGAGGUCGACGGGGCCCUCGCCACCGACUUCUUCACGGUGCUGUCCGUGGGCCAGCGCUUCACGGAGGACCAGCGGCUGAACGUGCAGGCCUUCUCCAUGCUGCGGGCCUGGCUGUGGCACAGCGGCCCCGAGGGCCCGGGCGCCCCGGACGCAGAUGACAGGUCGGAGCUGGAGGGCUCUACGCUGUCCGUGCUGUCCGCCGCCAGCCGCCCGCUGCCGCCCCAGGAGCAGCUGCGGGAGAGGGCCUUCGAGUACUGCCAGCGGCUCCUGGAGCAGAGCACGCGGCGAGCCCUGAGGAAGGGGGACGCGGACCUGCAGAAAGCUUGCCUGGUGGAGGCCGUGCUGGUGCUGGACGUGCUCUGCAGGCAGGAGCCCUCCUUCCUGUACCGCACCCUCUCCGGCCUGAAGGCCCUGCACGCGCGGCUGUGCGCGGACCCCGCCUGCGUGCGGGCGCUGCUGCCCAUCGCCCAGUUCUUCCUGAACCACGGGGAGGCGGCCGCCGUGGACGCAGAAGCCGUCUGCCAGCACGCGUUCGCCCGCAUCCCCUCCGAGUUCUUCCACAGCCCGACGCUGGCCUUCGAGUUCGUCCAGUUCUGCAGGGACAACCUGCCCCUGUUCGGCAGGAACCUGGGCAUCCUCAAACGGAGCUUCCCCAACCUCUUCAAGCUCCUGGCCUGGAACAGCCCGCCCCUGACCGCCGAGGUCGCGGCGCUCCUCCCUUCGCUGGUGGACGCCAGCACAGCCGCAGAGAUGCUGCACGCGCUGCUGGACCUGCCGUGUCUGACCGCGGCCCUGGACCUGCAGCUCAGGGCGUCGCCGGCCGCGUCGGAGAGGCCGCUCUGGGACGCCUCCGUCCGGGCCCCCAGCUGCCUGGAGGCCUUCCGCGACCCGCAGUUCCAGGCCCUCUUCCGGCACCUCCUGCGAGCCGAGGCCAGCGGGACCGCGGAGAGGUCGGCGCCCCUCCACCAGCUGCUGCAGCCCAUGGCCGGCUGCGCCCGGGUGCGCCAGUGUGCCGAAGCGGUGCCCACCCUGCUCCAGGUGUUCUUCUCGGCGGUGGGGCAGUUCGCCGACGGGGCCCUGGCCGGCCAGCUGGCGCGGCUGCUCCUGGAGCGGAGUGACUCGCUGUACCCGGUCCCAGGGUACGAAGCCCACGUGCACAGGGUGCUGGGCUCCCAGUUCCUGGCCCUGUGCCAGCGGCACCCCUCGCUGGUGGUGGAGCUGGCGAAGGAGCUCCUGGAGUUCGUGGGCAGUGGCAGCGGCGUGCACGGCGGCGGGCACGUGCUCACGUCGGUGGUGUGGGCCAUCGGGGAGUACCUGGCGGUGAGCUGGGACCGGCGCUGCACCGUGGACCAGAUCAACAAGUUCUUCGAAGCCCUGGAGGCACUGCUGUUCGAGGUCACCCAGUCCCGCCCCUCGGCCACCCUUCCCAAGUGCCCCCCACAGCUCAUCACCACGCUGAUGACCACGCUCACCAAGCUGGCCUCCCGGAGCCAAGACCUGAUCCCCAGGGUCUCCCUGUUCCUGUCAAAGAUAAGGACCCUGGCGCAGGGCCCAGCCGUGGGCUCCCUGGGCUGCAGGGAGGACUCGGGAGCCGUCGGCAGGCGGGCCACGGAGCUGCUGAACCUGCUGAAGAUGCCCAGCGUGGCCCAGUUUGUGCUCACGCCCAGCGCGGGGCUGUCCGAGCCCCGCUACCACCGCGACACCAACACCGCCCUGCCGCUGGCCCUGCGCACGGUCAGCCGGCUGGUGGAGAGGGAGGCGAGCCUCCUGCCGGGGUGAGGGCCGGCGCCAGGGCCCAGCCAGCGCUUCAGCGGUCGAGAGGCAACCCGGAGGGGCCGAGCCCGGGAGGCCCCGUGGGUGUCAGCACCCGGGGGCUGCCCAGGGCCCUCUCGCCCCGCCCUGGGGGCGUCUGUCUCUGAGCCCUCCCCUGGCGACCACGCCGGGCCCUGCAGAGAGGCGGCCCCGACCUGUGGCCCUGGCCCCGUGAGGCUGGACGAGAGCUGCAGGGAGAGAUCCCACGGAAAUAAAGCUGCUCUGGAAGUGUCUGUGUGGA